AUGUUCUUUAUAAAAUUAAUAUUGUCCUUUGUAUUAAUAUCAUCAUCAUUAUGUUCAGCAAAUCGUUGGUAUCGAAUGUUUAAUACAAAUCAUGAUGAUCCAUGUAUUGAUCGUCAUAAACGUUUUCAACGAUGUAUACCAGAUUUUAUAAAUGCUGCUUAUCAAAAACCUAUAUAUGUAACAUCAACAUGUGGAAAUUCUCCGAAAGAAUUUUGUAAUCUAUCACAAUUAAAUCAAAAUCAUCCAAUUGAUUAUUUAACUGAUAUAAAUAAUCCAAAUAAUUUAACAUGUUGGCAAUCAGAUUUAAUUAAACAAAAUGAUAAUGUUUCAUUAAUAUUAUCAUUUAAGAAAAAAUUUGAAUUAACAUAUAUUAGUUUACAAUUUUGUUCACCAAAUAAACCAGAUUCAAUGGCAAUUUUUAAGAGUAUGGAUAUGGGUUUAACAUGGAUACCAUUACAAUAUUAUUCAAAUAAUUGUGAAGAUAUUUUUAAUAAAAGUUCAAAUGGACUAAUAACUCGUUCAAAUGAACAAGAAGCUUUAUGUAUUGAUACAAAAUCACAAUUAUUAACAAUGAGUGAAACUCGUAUUGCAUUUAGUACACUUGAAGGACGUCCAUCAGCAUAUGAAUUUGAUACAAGUCCUGUUUUACAAGAUUGGGUUACAGCAACAGAUAUUAAAAUUAUAUUAUUAUCAUCAAAUAUUGAACCUAAUUCAUAUUCAUUAGCUGAUUUUGCUGUUGGAGGUAGAUGUAAAUGUAAUGGACAUGCAUCAAAAUGUAUUACAAACAGUGAUGGUCGUUUAGUAUGUGAUUGUAAACAUAAUACAGCUGGUGAUGAAUGUGAACGAUGUAAAGAUUUUCAUUAUGAUCGUCCAUGGGCUCGUGCAACACAACGUGAUGCAAAUGAAUGUGUCGUUUGUAAUUGCAAUAAACAUUCAACAAAAUGUCGUUUUAAUUUGGAACUAUACAAAAUGAGUGGACAUAAAUCUGGUGGUGUUUGUAUUGAUUGUCAACAUAAUACAGCUGGUCGUUCAUGUCAUUAUUGUCGAGAAGGUUUUACACGUGAUUUAACUCAAUCAAUGACAAGUAUAAAUGCUUGUCAAGCAUGCAAUUGUAACAAUCAUUCUCAACAAUGUCGUUUCAAUAAAGAACUUUAUCUUCUUUCGGGACGAAAAUCAGGUGGAAUUUGUAUACAAUGCAAACAUAAUACAGUUGGUCGUCAUUGUAGUUAUUGCAAAGAAACAUUUUAUCGUGAUCCAAAUUUAUCAAUAACACAUCCUGAUAUUUGUAAAGCAUGUAAUUGUCAUCCGGUGGGUUCACGAGGUAAAGUAUGUAAUCAAACAACAGGACAAUGCCCAUGUAAAGAUGGUGUUACUGGUUUGAGAUGUGAUCGAUGUAUGAAAGGUUAUCAACAAACUAAAUCACCUAUUUCACCAUGUAUAAGAAAACUCGAUCUACAAUCAUCAAAUCUAUAUAAUAUAUAUAAUCGAGAUGAUAAUGUGCAGCGUUAUCAUGAACAAGAUGUUGAUAAUGAUGAUGAUGAUGAUGUUUAUACUCCGCCCAUUGACAGAACGACAGCAGCAACAACAACAACAUCUACGACAACCAUUCGUUCAAUAUUAACAGAAUAUAAUCCAUCGAUUGAUAUGGGACAAUAUUGUGGUGCAUGCCGUUAUUAUAGUCGUCGUUUACAUGUGAAAAAAUAUUGUAAACGAGAUUACACUAUUCAUGCACGUGUAACUAAUCAACAUGAUGCUGGUCAAUGGAUAUCUUAUUUAUUGACAAUUGUUCGAGUUUAUAAAGAUCGUCUUAAUCGUAUUCAAGAAAGUGAACAAUGGGUAUGGGUAUCACGUAAAGAUGUUCAAUGUUCAUGUCCACGUUUACAACUUGAUAAACAAUAUUUAUUAAUGGGUUUUUAUGAUCAAAUGCAAACAUCUUUAAGUCUUGAUCGUACAUCUGUUGUUAUUGAAUGGAGACCACGUAUGGAACAACGUAUGAAUCGUUUUCGUCGAUAUGAAUUAAAUAAAAAAUGUUAA